AUGCAUGGAAAAGUUGGGUGUCACAGAAAAAAUGCAGAAAUUGAAAAGCUGAGUAGCACAAACAAAAAAAUUAAACCUUUUAAAAGUGAUAUAUUACAGUUAACCGCUGAUGAAUUAAAUUAUUCUCUUUGUCUUUUCGUGAAAGAGGUAAAGAAGCCAAAUGGAUCAGAGUAUGCACCAGAUACAAUAUACUACCUAUGCCUGGGAAUCCAGCAAUACCUCUUUGAGAAUGGCAGAAUAGACAACAUUUUUACUGACUCCUAUUAUGAACCAUUUACGGACUCGUUAGAUGAAGUAGCAAAGAAAUUUGCUGACAUUUUUAAUGACCAUCACUACAUAGUAACCAGAGUGGAAGAGGAGCAUUUAUGGGAAAGCAAACAACUGGGGGCUUACUCUCCACAUACUCUACUGAGCACUCUCAUCUUCUUUAACACCAAACACUUCAAUUUAACGAAUGUAGAAGAACACCUGAUGCUGUCAUUUUCUCACAUCAUGAAGCAUUGGAAGAGGAACCCGAAUCAACAAGCCUCUGGUGGAGGGGGCAAGGCACCUGGCUCAAGAAAUGUUCUAUUACGCUUUUAUCCUCCCCAAGCUCUGUUAGAUGAUCCAAACUCAAAGAAGAAGAAAGUUUAUGAACAACAAGAGAAUGAGGAGAAUCCACUCAGGUGUCCAGUGAAAUUAUAUGAAUUUUAUCUGACAAAAUGCCCAGAAAGUGUCAGGACUCGAAGUGAUGUGUUCUACCUACAACCUGAACGGUCGUGUGUACCAGACAGUCCAGUUUGGUACUCUACCAUGGCUCUCAGCAAAGAACUGCUAGAGAAGAUGUUAAAUAGAGUAAAAAUGGUCAAAGAAAUCAACAUAGCUAUGCUUACUCCGUAAAUUCUCCACCAGAAAAUACCUUUGUCAAGAAAUAAGAAUAUGUUUGAUUCUAAAUCAAUCACGUGAACAUCCCAAUCAACCAGUUAAAGACAUUUUAUGCUUAAAAGGUUGAUUUUGGAAUAAAAGUGACGAGGUAUAAAUUAGUUGAUACCACCAAUGUAUAAUUUUUGUAUAUUUCAUGUGUAUUUAAAAUACCUGUAAGCAUAAAAAAUAUAUUAAUAUUACUUGGGACUUUGUAUUAUGUUUUACUAAUGUAUAAAUAUACAUGUAUUUAAGUAGUAAUUAUAGCACAUAAAUUCUUGUCCCUGUUAUAAAACUCCACCUAUGAAAUGAAUCCUCAGUUUUGUAUUUUUAUUCUUUUUUACUUGUAAGAAAAUGCUUUUACCAUUAUAAAUAAGUUUUAUAACAAAAUAAUUUUGAAUUUCUA